AUGUCCAAGAAGAGCUCCAGCAGCCGAGCUAGGGGCGAGAAGCCGGACGCCUUGGCUGCCUUGCAGGCUGCCAAUGAAGAGCUCAGGGCCAAGCUCACCGACAUCCAGAUAGAGCUCCAGCAAGAAAAGAGUAAGGUCAGCAAGUUGGAAAGAGAGAAAAAUCAGGAAGUUAAGCAGAUCAAAGAGCACGAACAGCAUAAAAGUACAGUGGUGGUAACAGAGCUCAAAGUCAAACUUCAUGAAGAGAAAAUGAAGGAGCUCCAAGCUGUUCGAGAAGCACUUUUGAGACAGCAUGAAGCUGAACUACUUAGAGUAAUAAAAAUUAAAGACAAUGAAAUCCAGAGACUACAGACCCUUCUCAAUGCAGUGCGCGAUGGGGCUCCUGACAAGGUGAAAACGGUGCUGCUCACGGAGGCGAAGGAGGAGGCCAAAAAGGGGUUUGAAGUUGAGAAAAUAAAAAUGCAGCAAGAAAUUUCAGAGCUGAAGGGGGCCAAGAAACAAGUGGAAGAGGCUUUAACUAUGGUCAUCCAAGCUGACAAAAUUAAAGCAGCAGAGAUAAGGAGUGUGUAUCACCUGCAUCAAGAGGAGAUCAGCAGAAUUAAGAGGGAGUGUGAGAGAGAAAUUCGUAGACUGAUGGAGGAGAUUAAAUUUAAAGACAGAGCAGUCUACGUGCUGGAGAGAGAGUUAGGGGUUCAAGCCGGGCAUGCUCAGAGACUGCAGCUCCAAAAGGAGGCUUUAGAUGAACAACUGUCCCAGAUCAAAGAGUCUGACCGGCAUCUGAGCAGCCCCAAGCGGGAACUUCCUUAUCCAAGUGGUGCAGGAGACGCUUCAGAUCAUUCGGGAAGCCCCGAACAGCAGUUGGAUGAAAAGGAUGCCCGGCGUUUCCAGCUUAAAAUCGCUGAGCUGAGUGCCAUCAUCAGGAAGCUGGAGGACCGGAACGCGCUGCUGUCGGAGGAGAGAAACGAGCUGUUAAAACGUCUUAGAGAAGCUGAAAGUCAGUAUAAGCCCAUUUUGGACAAAAACAAACGCCUUAGUAGGAAGAAUGAAGAAUUGUCACAUGCCUUACGUCGAAUGGAAAAUAAAUUAAAAUUUGUAACGCAAGAAAACAUAGCAAUGAGGCAAAGGGCUGGAACAAUAAGGAGACCGAGCUCUUUAAAUGACCUUGACCACAGCCAGGAAGAAAGAGAAGUUGAUUUCCUGAGACUACAAGUUAUUGAACAGCAAAAUAUCAUUGAUGAACUCUCCAAGACACUGGAAACUGCUGGCUAUGUGAAGAGUGUCAUGGAACGUGAUAAGCUGUUAAGGUAUAGGAAGCAAAGGAAAAAAAUGACAAGAAUUCCUAAGAAGCCGGUUGUGGAGACGUUUUUUGGCUACGAUGAAGAAGCUUCCCUGGAGUCUGAUGGUUCCUCCAUCUCGUACCAAACUGACCGGACAGAUCAAACCCCUUGCACUCCUGAAGAUGACUUGGAAGAGGGCAUGGCCAAGGAAGAGACAGAACUGCGGUUUCGGCAGCUGACGAUGGAGUACCAGGCUCUCCAACGAGCAUACGCCCUAUUGCAAGAACAGGUCGGAGGAACAUUGGAUGCAGAACGAGAAGUUAAGACACGUGAGCAGCUCCAAGCAGAAAUACACCGAUCUCAGGCUCAGAUAGAAGACCUGGAGAAGGCCCUUGCUGAGCAGGGGCAGGACAUGAAGUGGAUUGAGGAGAAGCAAGCGUUGUACAGAAGAAAUCAAGAACUGGUAGAAAAGAUAAAACAAAUGGAAGCCGAGGAAGCUCGCUUGAAACAUGAUGUCCAGGACGUGAAGGAUCAAAACGAGCUCCUGGAGUUCAGGAUCCUGGAGCUCGAAGAGAGAGAAAGACGGUCGCCGGCCAUCACCUUCCACCACGGUCCUUUUACAGAGGGGAAAAGCCCUCUCCAAGUCUACUGCGAGGCAGAAGGUGUAACAGACAUAGUAGUAGCAGAGCUGAUGAAAAAACUGGACAUUUUAGGGGAUAACGCCAAUCUGACCAAUGAAGAGCAAGUAGUUGUUAUACAAGCAAGGACAGUUCUCACGUUGGCUGAAAAGUGGCUACAGCAGAUAGAAGUGACGGAGGCUGCGCUGCAGCAGAAGAUGCUGGAUCUGGAGAACGAAAAGGAGCUGUUCAGCAAGCAGAAGGGCUACCUGGACGAUGAGCUCGACUUCAGGAAACAGUCCUUGGACCAGGCUCACAAGCAAAUUCUGGAAUUAGAAGCCAUGCUCUAUGAUGCCCUGCAGCAAGAAGCUGGAGCCAAAAUUUCCGAACUUCUUUCAGAAGAGGAGAAAGAGAAACUGAAGAGCGCCGUAGAGCAAUGGAAGCGGCAGGUGAUGAGCGAGCUCCGGGAGAGGGACGCCCAAAUCCUGCGAGAAAGGAUGGAGCUCAUUCAGCACGCACAGCAGAGAAUUAAAGAGCUAGAAGAAAGAAUUGAAGGCCAAAAAAGACAAAUAAAAGAGUUAGAGGAAAAGUUUUUAUUUUUGUUUUUAUUUUUCUCUUUAGCUUUCAUUCUUUGGUCAUAG